AUGUCAGGUGCCUGCCAGUUUAAAAAGCAAUGGCAAGGAAGGUGGUUCCAGAGUGGAGUACCAAAUUAUCUAUUCAUUAAUAGCUCGUAUAUCGAAACGAAAGGAGAAUGUUACGAAGAACAAGUGGACAACAAAUAUCUAGUUUAUGAUAAAUCUGAGGACUGCUAUCGAUGCAUGGUUAUACAUCCGAAACAUCCAAGUGUUUUACAAUAUAAAGAAACCUUUUGUGAACCGGUGAAAGGAUCUUUAGCAGAAAUAUGCCAAAUGAUAACGGGAGAUGCCCCUUUGUACAGUCUUUUUAGAAAACAUCCAGAAGCUAAGCCAAUUAAUUGCCCUUUUAAAAGUGCUCCGUUUACCUUUAGCUACAAUAGAAUGACAGGUGAUUGCAGUAAUCCUCCUAGUAAAGCUGAAAGUUGUACGGACGAUUCAAGGUUGGUACUUAAGUACCAAGCUUGUCCAGAUGUUCCUUCUACGGAAAGUAACGUUGAAGAAUUGGUUUGCUUGGCAACGUGGAAAGAAGGGUCAACUAGGUAUCUCAUCGGUAAAAUAUCCCAACCAAAUAGACGUAGUUCUACUGACGAAGACCAAUAUCGAUGCUUUAUAUACCAAAGAAGUACGGAAAAUGGAAAAACAAUCUAUAAUGUAGCCCAAUCUGGAGAUGCCACAUGCACAGGCUUAGACGCAACUGCUUUUGAAGGCAGCAGAACUAUGAAACUAACUACAGUGGACGAUCAGCAUAAGCGUUGUAAAUUUCCGGUUUGGAUCACAGACCACCACACGUGGCUAAGCUUAGAUCAUCACAAGACUUACAAGUUCUCACAGAGAAAUGCUACUUUGAAGAUUUUAGAUGAAGAACCUCCCAAAAUUAAUAAAGUGCAACCAAAUUAUGCCUUUGCAGAGUUCGGUUUUCAAUCGCAAGAACAAAGAAAACCGAACUCUGAAAUGAGAGUUGUAUGUCAUGGGAUAUUAGAACAACAAGAGCAGAAAAAGGUGCAGAUUGUAGCCCACGUUACUGCUGGAUGUGAUAGUGGAUAUGUCUGCAUGGUAUUCUAUAAAAGAGAUUCCAAUGUUAUUGAGCUACAACAGACAGAGACCUACGUUGAAAAUCCUGAUGAAGCUUGUUCGAAUUUUGAUCCAAGUUCGAGUCCCUACACCACAUUAAUAACUACUAAUUUGCAUGCCAAGAAAUGUCCUCAUCUGGGAAGAUAUACCAUAGCCAGUGUAUCCACACAGGCUGAAAAAAGAAAGAGACGACAAGAACCAGAAAACAAAAACCUAGCUGAACAUCAAGAACCAAAUUGUAUUUCCGAUGAUUUUGAAACAUUGUCAGUUGGUUGCAGUGGCUCUCACGAGAUGGAGUUUAAGUCAACUUGUUCACAAGAAGCAAGCUUUUACACUUGCCAUGGAAGCUGGGAAGAAAAUGGUAUAUCCUACGUUAUAACUACACCAGUAACGAAAAAAUCAUCAGAAGCAAAGUAUUGCUUUAUGUACAAACAGGAUCAACUAACUUCUGGAAUUAUAGAAGGGAAUCUUGGAAAAACAAUAGGUCCGCCUAUUUUGAGAAUGUCCGGAGUAUCCGAAAGUUGUCAUAGGCACAUUAUUCCUGGUAUAAAUGGCAACUGGGCAUUUAAUUUUACUAGUAAUGGAACAUGUCAGGAAAGCGAUCAUACAAGCUCAAGCCAGUUAUUGGUGCCUACAGUUCUGCUCGUAAUCCUUUCUUUAGUGUCAGUGGUAGUUAUGAGAUGAUGAAAAAAGACAGUUCUGCAUACCUUAUCUGAAUACUAAGUGUUUUUGCACCUUUCGAACAAAAAAACGGCUAGACACUAGUUAGUGGAUAUUUUUGUAAUUUUUUUCAGAAACGGUAGAAGUCUUUAAGGUCAGCCAGUGGGUGGUUUAAAAAAACUAAAGAAGGGAUCAAUUUAUGUGUUUUUUCUAUGUAUGAACUAGCAAAACCAAACGUUUACUGUUUCUAAAAUAUUAACUAAAUGAUCGUUUCUUUAUUUUUGUCUGUCAAUGACUGGCCUUGCGGUAGAAAUAUUGCGACUGGAAUCGAAAAUACGAGUUUUUGAAGUUGCUCUAUGUUGUUGAGAGGUUAGGUAUUGUUUUAGAUUAAAUAAAAGGGCCUAAAAUGUAAUAAAAUCGGAAGUAAUAUUUCUACGGUUUAUAAAUUGUAGUCAAUUUGUUUAUUUGAUUUUUGACCGCAGGGGGCACAAGUUGGGUUAGUCUCGUUCAUACGCAACAAAAACGUUAGAGGAAAAUCACCUAAUAUCGGGCACUUUUUUUCUCGAAGCUCUAUGAUUUAGUUUUGAAAGUUGUUUAAUUAAGAUAAUCAUCCUCUAUUAUUAUUAGAGAGAUUAUUAACCUAAUAUUAAUGAAAAUUAGGUUUAGAUAACAUGAUUUCCCGUUAUUUCCGAAAAUAAUAAAGUACCUACCCAAAUUCAAAAUUUAAAAAAGUGUGCCUAAUAUCGAGUAGUAUAGGAUCCCAAUAUCGGGUGGCAUGGCAUUUAGGUAAAAAAAUGUUUAAUUAUUAAAAAAAGAAUUUAAGUAAAAAUAUUUUUAUUGUUCUUUAAACAUUGACGUUCAAUCAAAUACUUAAUAGGUAAAACAUAUAUAAAAACUCAAGUAUUUUUAAACUUAAACUUAAGUAUUUGAUUGAACGUCAAUGUUUAAAGAUGUUCAAUCAAAUACUUAAUAGGUAAAACAUAUAAAAACUUGAUUACUUAUUUAAACGCAUUUCAGAAAAAAAAUAUUUUUAUAUAAGACUACACACUCUUCUUCGUAACACCAAUGCUGUCAUUUUAGCAACAUUCAGCAUCCUCAAUCCUCAUGUAUCCUUAUCGUCGUCAGUGUCAGUUUAUUUCGGAUACGUCAUUAUCUGAGCUACUGAAAGAGAUUAUCUUUCUUAUUUCUUUGCAUUUUAAUCCUUUUUUAAUAAUAUUUUUCCUUUAUUUUCUUCUGAUCAAAGUUCCUUGUUUCCUAAUGUUUUGAGGUGCUAGAAUAGUGGGUGUGCUAUUCGGGGGUGUUGUUUCCUGUAUUGUAAUAGUUGGAGCUCCCAUAUUUCCAUCACAUUCUGUUUCAGUUAAAGAUGCAUUGCAAAUUGGUGUUUUUGAAAAAUAGUUGGUUGAAAUGGAAAUAUUCUGCAACAUCUAAAACUAUUUACAGCUACUUCACAAAUUUUAACGCUUGAAUGUGCUCUCCUUAUUAGCUCAACUAUUUCAUAAGCUAUCACUACCCUUCCUAAAUUUGCUUUAGGCCAUGUUUCAAUUUGAAUGGUGUAAUAGGGGUUGUAAUGUCGAAUGGAGACAAAACAAAUAAUGUCGCUAAAAUUUUCCCUAGCAUCGUUAGUAACGUCAAUAUUUUUUGAAUGGAAGUAGUGGCUAUUCACUAUUAAAACACUGGCCAGAAGUUCAGUCUUCUUUUUCUUGCGUGAUAAUAUGAACAUGGAUAGUAUGAAACGACCAACAGCGUCCAUAUAGGUUAAUAUUAUCAGAGCUCUUUUUUCUACAGCAGUAAAUGUAUCAAUCUGCUUUUUAUAACUCUUGAAUGUUUAUGUUGAACUGAAGUGAUUCAGUCCGGUUUGGUUUACAUUGUAAAUCGUUGCUGGGUUGUUGUUAAUUUUGGGCAAAACAUUUUUUAAGUAAGUUGAAAAAACCUGAACAUUUUCUUUAAGUAAUAUCUUUAACCUUGCUACUAAAAUUCCCUGUGGUUUUCGAAAAGAUGAUUGCAAAUGCGAGAAAAUAAAUGAUUUGAAAUUGUAAAAAGAUGAAGUUGAAAAAACCUGAACAUUCUCUUGAAUUAAAUCUUUAACCUUGCUACUGAAAUUCCCUGUGGUUUUCGAAAAAAUGUUUGCGGAUGCGAUAAAAUAAAUGAUUUGAGCCAUUUCUUUCCUGAUAUGCCAUUUCUUUGCUGACGCACGAACCCCAAAGCCUUCUCCAGGACGAAUAUUUAUUAUGAUUUCAAUCAGCUUAUUAUUUUUCACUUAGUCAAUUUGUGUAUUUUUAGGAAUUUUUAAAAAUUUUGAAGUCCGUUUUGGAAGCGGCUGUGUUCUCAUUUCUUAAUUUUCCAAGGAUUUCCACCAUUUUCUUCAUGGAAUCCGCGUCUUACUUAUUUAUUUGUUUUGAUGGAAUACGUAAAAAAUACCUCGAAAUACUGGAUAAAACACAAUGUCCUCUAAUAUCGUGCCCGAUAUUUAGCCUAUUCAUACCUGAUGUUGGAAAUUAUAGCCUAAAAUUUAAAAAAGUGAUAUUUAUACAAAUAUAACAGGUUUAUUCCUUUAUAAAUGAUUACAUGCUCUGCAUACUUAACUAAAGGAAGCUGUAUGUGUGUAUCAAUAAAAUAAAUUAUACUUACCAUUUGUCAAAAAUUGCUAUAAAUUCCAAGCUCUCUAUAUUUCGGCAACAGCAAAAACCUAAAUAUCAAUAUAUUGCAAAAAGUAUCCCCCAGGUGUCCCUGUCUAGUUUAUAUGCUAUAAUGGCUUUUUUAUUACAGUAAAACUUUUGUGCAAUAAGUGGUAAGUUUUUCAAUAAAAGAGUACUUACUACCCGAUAAUAGGCGAUAUUUCCUCUUUAUUUGUUAUUAUAGCUUUAACGCUUGAAUUGUAUAUAUUUUUUUAGAUAUAUGCUUUUAAUUGAGAAAAAUAGCUGUAUUAUUUUUAAAAUAAAUUUGAUUUUUUGCAUUUACGUAUUAUCACGUUGCUAACUGUAAAUAGAAAGUAAUUGAUAGGGUGCUAUUAUUAUAAUAUUAGCGUUACUGACCGGUAUUGCGAGAUUUUAAACGAAUUGUGACUGGUAAUUUUUAAAAAAAUUUUUUCGAAACUAGAUACUCUUUUACUAUGUCAUAUGACAGCAGAUGUAUAUGGUUAAAAUACUUUUCGAUAUAUUUGCAAGUAUGCGUGUUUGAAUAAAAUUGCCAAUUUGAGACUAACCUACACUUUAAAGACAUUUCGAAAAAUUAUACAGUUUAAAUUCAAUAGCUUAAUAAUGAAACAGAAAAUUAAUUUGUAGUCCACGGAAGUAAGAGUUUUCUCAGGACUUUGAAUAAUCGAGGUAUCUGACAACUUUUUUUAUUUAUUGUAGACCUACAGAAAGCUCUUCCUGCCAAGAAUUCGAAGCAUUUUUUUUAAUUAUUAACAAUUUAGUGCAAAAAACGCAUUUUUUUCGAUUUUUUGUACCCGAUUAAAAAGCUAAAUAGUUUACACAAAAUUUGAUUUUUUUAGAACAUUGAAAAAGCUUCUAUGUAUAUGGCGAUUUUUGAAAGUUAAAAAGUCAAUUCUGCAGGAUAGGGCAAAAUCGAUAUUUGUUAAUAACGAUUAUUAAAAUUAAUCUAACUUUUGUAUUUCACCCUAAGUUGGAUAUUGGCGUACCUAACAAUUUUUUUUGCAAUAACGUAAGCCAGAAAAUAAUGAGGAUAGAUCAAUUCUGCGGAUGCCAAGUGAAAGUACAUAGAAGAUUUAUACUAUCAAAAUAUUGGAAAAAGAUUUAAAAAAAUAUUUAUUAUAGCCGAAUAUCUUAAUGCAAAAUUAAUGACAUUUCAGUUUAUAAAAAUUUAGAAUAACUUUAAAAAUAUUAUCCCUAGAAAAAAUCAUCGUAGUUAUUCGAAAAGAUUAGUUUUUCCACAAAUUUUAUAAGAAGUAGAUACUUCUGACGAUUAAAUAAAAAGUGGGAAUUAUUAUUUUAAUUCCCACUAAUUUGUUUACAAUACGUACCUAAUUAAAAAAAGUAAUUAGUUUCAUUUUAAAGUUAAAGACUUAAAAGUUUUAUUAUACAGUAGACGAUUAAUUAAAAGACGUUUGAUGAUUAUUAUUAAUGUUAUUAAAACAUUGCAUAUUUGUAAUGUACGCAAAAAUUACAUUUGAAGUUCAUUAACAUUUUUGAAAGCUUGAAUUUUUAGUUCACCCUUAACAUGGUCCAACUAAUUUUUAUUUCAGUUUCAUAUUUAGCAGGCACAGAUAAUGUUGUCUAAGUUUAAUCGUAUCCCUACUUUUUACCUAAUCAUUCUAAAAUAGUUUUGUGUUUUAAAAAAAAUUUAAAUUAAAACUGUUUUUUUUUGUUUAAACUUUGUUUUGUGUUGGCCUGUCACCUUUUUAAAUACGGAAAAAUAGUUCGUCUACGAAUAGUAGCUAUAAGUUAUUCUAAUUGUUUACACGAUAAAAAUAUCACCAAUUUUGCAAAACGAUCUUUGGUUAUAAAAAUGAUUUCUUUUUAACUUUUUUUAAUACCUACAUAUUGAUAGUUUUAACUCUUAAACUUUCAUUUAAUGUUUGUAACAUUACCGUUUCUUCAUUAUUUUCUGACUAAUUACAUCCGAACUUAUUGCAAAAAAGGGGUCUGGGAUAAGCAAAUCGAAUAACUUUUAAGCUAUUUGAUAGAUUGUUCUGAAUUUUUAAGGGUUGUUUUAACAACCCCGAUACCCAACUUUGGAUAAAAUACCAAAGUUCUACGUUAAUUGUAAAAAUAGUUAUUAACAAAUGACGACUUUGCCUUAUUUUGUAGUUUGCGAAGCAACAAAUUGGCUUUUUAACUUUCAAAAUCCGUUGAACUUUCGCCGUUUUGAAGCUUUUUCAAGGUUCUAAAAAAUUAAAUUUUGUAAUUUUAUGGCAACUACUUACAUAUCUUUUAAAUAAGGUGCAAAAAAUCGAAAAAAUCGCGUUUUUUGCGUUAAAUUGUUAAUAAUUAAAAAACGGCCCAGAACUCUUGACAGGAAACAGUUUCUUUCUAUCUGUUUACAAUAGAUUCCUAAAAAAAUGUCAGAAAAGGUCCUGGAUUCUUCCCGAACAGCAAAAUGUCCUGAACAGGAUCUUUUUUUGCUUAUUUCCUUGGAGUAAUCUAUGAAACACGAAUAUUGGAUUGUGUAUAUUUUAGUUUUUAAAUGCAUUUUAAAAUAAACUGACAAAUUUUAUUAUUACUACUAUUACACUGAAAUAGAAUACACCGGAAUCAUUAUUAAGCUGGAUAUUUCUAAAUUUUUUGAAACUGUUCUGUGCCUGUAAAAAAAUGCUGCAGUUAUUUAAAAUGAGGACGUGGCUGUUUUGUGAUUACUUGUUGGAAUAUUUUAAUAUUUAUUUUUUACUUAAAAGUGCAUAUAUUUAGUGUAAAUUACCUUUAGUAGACAGACAAGGCAUGUUUUUAGCCACAUUGAAAAAAUGUACAAUAAAUAUUUUAAAAUAAGGGAACUUUGCAGUACAACGAAAUAUUUUGAUUUAAACGGAAACCUCUUGCCAAUUUAAAAUGUGGUUAAAAGCAUUUUAAACUUUUGUUUUAAUAUGGUAUUUAGCGUGACAUGACGUCUCGUAACGCGACAGUUCGUAAUCCCACAAAUCGUAACAGACAAUUCGUAACGGCGACAGUUCGUAUCUAUACAUAUUCGUAACGGUACAAUUCGUAACGUCAAAAUUAAAUUAUUCUCUUUAUUUUUGUUAACGAGGAGACUAUUUUUUAUUACAGUUACAAUUGAAAUUAAGUUAAUCAACUUCACAACCAACAUCUUUAACACAUUUCGUGUAGAAAUAUAUGUUUAAAAUUAUGUCUGAAAAUAAAUAUAAUCUAGUAAUGUAAAUUGUUUUAAUUAUUACAAUAAAUACAUUACAUAUUAUUGAACCGUUUUUAUUUAUUUCAUUAUUUUUCAGAUUUAGUUUUACUAGGUAGAUACUUUAAAGAGAUAAUUCAAGAUAAAAAUGUGUUAAAAAAAUUCUUAAUUGACAUAUUUAACAAGAAUAUAUUUAUACAAAAAUAUGUGUGAAAUAUAUUUCAAAAGAAGUGGUCUUAAAAAAGUACUAUUACUUUUAGUAUAGUAAACUAAACAAAAUGCGUUUUUGUAUAAAUUCAAUAUCUAAUAGGUAGGUACCUACUAAAUUAAAAAAAAUUAAAUGUUUUCGUUACGAAUCAUACCGUUACAAUAGAUAUAUUCUUAUGAACUGUCGCCGUUACGACGAAUCGCCGAAAUUCACCGUUACCAUUUGUGGUGUUGCGAACUGUCGCGGUUCGAGAUGCCAUGGAUCCGGUAUUUAGAACUCACAGGGUGGUAUUAUGAGUACAGGUUAAUAAUAGUUCAACCGUUUAUAUGUAUAUAGGAUUGUAAAGGUGAGUAGUUAUAUAAAUUAUUAAAAUACUUUUACUAAAUUGAUGUAAUUGAUUUAAAGAAAAUUAUUCAAAACAAAUUAUAUAUUAUGGAAUUAAUUGUCAUUUUAUAUAAAUAACAUUUCUUGAAUUGUUGAAAUAUAAUGCAUAAACUUUCUGCAAUAUUUUCAUGACGACAUUUUAUUAUAUUCAUCAUACUAAUACAUGCUAAUACAUCAUCAUAUUACUGAUUUAACAAAUCUAUAACAAGGCAAAUCAAAUAGGUACUACUUGGUCAUGACAGAUGACGUCUAGAUAAUGUUUAUUAAAUUUACUUUUAUAAGCAGGGCUCGGAUUACGUACACUCGAUACGCAUCGUAUCCGCCAUGUUUACCGUAGGGAGUGAUUACAAAACCUCUUUCCCUACGUUGUCGAUGCGAGUCAACUCGAAGGCACUGCUCGAUACCUACGACCCUGUCGAGUUGCCAACUCGAACUAUUUAUCUCUCUCUGAUAGAUCGCUGAUCUCCUAUAACGCUUUCUCUCUUGCCGGUCCAAGUAUAAAAAUUAAGAAAAGUGAAUACAUAUGACAUAACCUACUUACUUCAUACUUUGAUUUUUUCAAUUUAAAAAUAAUGUAAAUCGUUAAUCAAACAAUAUUUAGAUUAUACGGUUUUGAUAAUAAUUCUCAUGUUUUGAACAUUAAAAAAAUAUAUUGUUUAAAUCUCCCAGUGAGGUGUUAUUACACUCAUUACACGGACAGAAGUUCUCUAAUACAUACUUAUUCCUAUUUUAAAAAUAUGUGAAGGAAAGCUCAGACAGAAUUCGAUGAAGUGAAUAGGUAGUUAGCAGUGACCAUUACGACCUUUAGUAAUAUUUUUAUAUAACGUCUCCCAUCUUUCCCUGGCCAUUUAAUCUUUAAUAACGGUAAAAAAUCAUAAUCUUAAAUUCUACUCAAGUUCGAAAAUCAUAUAUUUAUAUAUCUAGGUACAGGUUCACUGUAUCAUCCUUAGAAUAUAAAAUAAACGUUUAUAACAAUUAAAUAUGUAAUAAAAACUUUAUUUUAUAUUCUAUUGUAAUAAUUAUUGAGGUUAAUGAGAGAAAUUCCUUGACAUAUAACGUGCACAUUAUUCCAUUUGUUCGAAAUAUUAUCCCGUAGGUUCAAAAAUACGAGAAUUGCCGAUGAUUUUCUGACAGUCUACUCGAACCCAGUUCGUAAUCACCUUUUGGCUUCGAUGUGUAUUCGCAUCGAGUUUGCCUACGGUUCGUUUUGCGAUCUCGCAUCGAGUGUUCGUAAUCCCGCUGCAGGUGUCGGAUUUUAUUGUUUUUUUCGAAGCAAAGUUAUUGAUAACUUUGCUAACAUUUCUCUGGGUCACUCUUAGAUUUUCUGCUGACCUUUUCGUUAAUAUUAGGGUCUCCGCUCAUACUCUUUUCUCUUCAGACAUAAUAUGGGCAUAUUAUGUUUAAUAUUUCCCGUAGCUUACCAAACGCAGCCUAGCCAAACCUAUUCUGCGCUGUAUCUCGUGAGUUUGGUUAUUAUUUCCAAUUUGUUUCUCAUGUCCACAUAUAAACAUGUGUUUCUGUUAUGUUGGCGUCGUCUAUUCUGAUGUUUUAUGCAAGCACUAAAUUUGUGAUCAUUUGAGUUUUGUUUACGGUUAUUCGGAGACCUACUGUUGAUGCAGAUUGUGCCAUUUCUUCAAGCAUAUGCUGUGAUCAAAACGAUGUCAUCUGCCAAUCUAAGGUGCGUCAAUAUUUCGCCAUCCAUAUGACUGCCUCCUUAGUCCCAGGGCAAUGAUUUCAUUUCGUAUUCAAGGACAGCUGUGAAAAGUUUAGGCGAAAUGAUGUUCCCCUGUCGAAUUCCCCUGUUCACUUUAAUUGUACCUGUCGUGUCGUGAAGCUUCAUAGUUGUGGUGGCAUUGUUCUAUAAUAUGUGUUUUAUUAGCCUUGUGUAUCUAUAAUCCACUCUACAUUGUUCCAGAGCUGCCAUUAUUGAUGUUAAUUCCACCGAAUCAAAUGCCUUAGAAAAAUCAAUAAAUACCAAGGCUAGGGGUCUGUUGUCUUCCACAGACUCUUCUAUCAGGACUUUUAUUGCCGGAGAUGAUCAUUUGUCCCGUAAUUUUUCCUAAACCCCCUAUGUUCCCUUGGUUGAUAAAGAAGGUCAAAUUUAGUUCGAGCCGUUAGCAAUUAUUUUAGUAAAUAACUUAUAUGAAGUGGCAGAGAAGAAUUAUCGGUCUAUAGUCAGUCCGUAAUAUCGCCCUUUUUAUGCAGAAGGGACAUUUAAGAAGUUAAUCUACCAAUCUAAGGUGCGUCAAUAUUUCGCCAUCCAUAUGAAUGUCUCUUUGUCCUAGGACAAUCAUUUCAUUUCGUAUUUAAGGACAGCUGUGAAAAGUUUAGGCGAAAUGAUGUUCCCCUGUCGAAUUCCCCUGUUCACUUUAAUUUUAACAUAAUUUACAAGUAUUUUUAUUGCAUCAAUGUGAUAAGGUAUUUUUGCUUGAAAUUUUAAAUUUUUAUCUUUUUAUUUAAUUUCAUUUUGGUGGGUAAAAACAGGUGGUAGCGUUGGUAUGUGUGGAGUGGUCGUUAUAAAAAAGUUAAGAUAUUAAAAAUUAUCAUAAAUUCAUCGUUGAAUCAAGUUGUUGGUCGAUACUUAGAGAGCUGAUUAUCCGAGAUUCGACUUUAUUUAUAUAACUAGCACCCCUAAUGUGGGCUUGCUACAUAAUAUUAAUGUGUCAUAUUCACAUUAGGUUCAAUAGGGACUGAGAUCUGUUUUUAAAGUAUGAUGUAUUUUUAACCUGAAUUUAAAAAAAAAUUGUCGGUGUUUUGAGUAUUUAAUAACUAAUUUCAUGUUUUUAAUAAAAUCCUGCUAAGAAUAAUUAUUGUUCCAUUCAAAACUAACCAAUUACAUCAAUAUUUGUGUCGUUGUUUAAUAUUUAUAUUUACUAACUUCAUCAGCAACAAAACUAUUAUAAACCUGAUUUCGUAUGACAUAAUAUGUUUUAUUUUAAAUCUUUGCACUAUCUUCAGUCGUAAGAGAAGCUUCUUGAUUACACAAAUAUACAGGGUGUUUAUCUACUUCAAGUAUAUCGAAUAUUUCUUAAACGUCUGCUCUGUAUAUUAAAAUCUUAAAUAUAUAACAAAAUAAUGUUUAUGGUGCUGUAUCAUCCUAUAUUUUCAAAGAAGUGUUACGAGUUUUAUUCUAUAUUAUGCGGGAUAACUAGGUAAAAUUGUAUACAAUGCAUGCGCAUAGUUACUGAACACUCUGUAUAUAUCUUGGUAGCCACAAUUUCUUAUAGAAAGACUAUUCAGAAUUUUUGAGACAAAGAUCUAAUAUGUUUUGAAUAAUCUAUAUUUAAUUUUCUAUUGUUUUAUAGGUAUGCCUUUUUUAAUAUUUUCUCUUUUAUGACCUUUGCGGCAUUGAAAUAUACUUUUCUUAUACAUGCACAUAAGUGGUGAGUUUUUAGCUUUACAGAUAGACAGUUUAACCAAGAUAUGUGUAAAUAAGAUAAAAAACAAAAGUAAGACUAUACAAACCUAAUUGACUUCCUCUGCUGCAAUAAAGAAAAUCGAGAUUAGAAUUUCGGAAUUUUUAGUCAAUUACGUUAAUUGUAGAAAAAUGGUAUAUUAUUUCUUUAAUCAUUAUCUUUUUAUCAUUUGACUCAUGAGCAUAAAUAUUAAGUUAUACUUAGACUUUUAUGCUUUUCAAUAUCAAAUAACGUUAUAAUUUUACACCAAUUUUUUCUUGUCAGUGUCCUCUUCUAUGAGUUUCGUCUCUAAUCUUCGAUUAUUUACUCCGAUACAUUAUCUAAAUUUAGUUAGAAUUGUUGGGUUUUGCUUAAUUCAUAUUAAUUUCUAUCUUUUUCGUAUAUUAUGUCCUUUCAGAACGUUGGUUGCCAUCAUAGCUAUCCUAAUUUUAUUCACUGCCACCCUAAAUAGCAUGCUUGCAUCAAUACAAGAAGAAUUCUUCAAUCAUGAAAUGUUUCUUCGUACUGGACUGUGUUUGCUUGCUAUCUUCCCUUCCAUGAGACGUUUUUCCUUAUUGCCGAGACGUUUUAGUAUUGUGGAGUUUCGAAUUUUCUCCACCCAAAAACUUAAAAUUCUUCUUUUGCACUCACAAAUUUGGAAAGCCUCAAGGCGAUUUAGAUUACUAGACGCUAUAAACUAAGACCUUGGACCAUAAUACCUUGGACAUUCUUCUAAAAGCGGCUCUUCUCAAUUCUUUUAAUUUCACCGUGACUCUCUGCGAUAAAAUUUAACUGAUAUCCAAGAUAAACAAUUUGAUCAACGUGGUCAAGUUUGGUACAAUUUACAUAUUAUAUAGACGGUUUUAUAUUCUACUGUUUACUUAUUACGAGUAUUUUGUUUUUCCGUAUCUCUCGACGACACUGUCAAGUAAUGUUUUCAGAUCUUCUUGAGUAGAAGCUAAGAGUACAGUGUCAUCCGCAUAUCGCAAAUUAUUGAUGACUUUACCGUUCACAAUAAUUAUUCCUUCUUGUUUUCGAGAUAUUGAAUUUCUGAGUAAACGUUGAAAAGCAGGGGUGACAAGAGGCGUUCCUUUCGUACUUCUCUUUUAAUAUUAAGAGCUUGUGAUUCAAAACCGUCUACUAAAAUUGAUGUUGUUUGAUUCCAAUACAAAUUUGCAAUUAUGCGAACGUCUCUGCCAUCCGAACCAAUGUAUCUUAGAACUACUUCGAUCAAUAUAGAGUACUUAACACUAACACGAUUAAAUGCCUUUUGGAAGUAUCUUGGUACUGGGGGUUGUUACCCCCGACGAUGGGGUUGAUUAAGUUGAAAACACUAUUUACCAGACAUAUAUUUAUUUGGAACACUAAAUACGCCAGUAACUAGUUGGUGGACAAAGUCUAUGAUCUAACCCCGUCGAUGUCUGAAUAAUGAAUCAAUGCCUUCUUUACUUUCUCCGUAUCUAUAAAUAAAUCGUAAUUGUUUUGUUAUGAUUGACGACAUCCGAAUGUGACCGUGAAUUACUAAUAAUAUUAGAAUCGCUGACUCUGGAGUUUUCAAAACGAGUGGCCUACAUUGCAACAUCAAUGUCACCUAUUUAUGUAAUGUAAACAAUGCAUGUAGACAAUGUUUGUUUAAGACUUUUAAAAAUUAAAUCGAUAUGGAUUACUCUUAUUUUUUGAUGCUAAUAUAAAUCCUGUACAUAAGUCAAUAAAAGAACAGAUGAAUGCAUCUUUCGUUACAAACCCAUGUAUGUCGUGGUUUAUGUCGUAUUCACUAAACUACUGGUUCUCUCUGUACUUUGUGUAUUUUAUGUUGAAAAUUGAAUACUAAAAAAAUGCUGACUGACAAAUCAAUUACUGCUCAAAAUUAUAUAAGAGUAUAUAAAUUAAAGCUUCACAAUUAUAGAAAAUAUAUGAAACUAAACUUAUAGGUCUUUGUUACGGAAAUUCUGAUUUUCUAUGCUAUAAUUUAUACGUAUUUUUUGGAUUUGAAUGUAUAUAAAAACUGUGAUUUUGAUGAAGUGGAAUAAGCAGCUAUAUUUGGGUAAAGUAUUCGCAUUUUCGUUCUUUUACUCGAAAUUAAUGCUUGAUAUAUCUAAAUAUGAACUGUCAUUGACCAUUGUUACGAUAUUAUAAAAAAAAUAUAAAGAUAUUUUAUACUGUAAAGAUAAGAAGUGCUUUUGUACAACACGGAUUGUCAGGAAAAGAUAUUAAUCUUGAUAAUCUGACUAGUUCAGUUAUGUAAUGACUUAAGUUUGAUAAUAAAAUUGAAAUAAGUAUUUUGUACUAAAUAUUCACAAUAUUUCAAUAUCACUUGCCAACACAAUAUUAGUUAUAAACAUGGGAAAUGAGAUUAUUUUUUAAAAAUAUAUAUGUAUAUCUAUACCAAAAUAACAAUAAAGAUGCACUAGAAAUAAACAAGCCAAAGCGCAUUGAAUGUUACGAGGAGUACUCCGAAAUCAUGAUUUAUAAUGUAUAUACAUUGUAAAUUCCAAAUCAUAUUUUACAGUGUUUAUACAUUGUAAAUAAUGAUUCGAAAGUUCUCCUCGUAACUUUCAACAUGUUUUGGUUUGUUUUUUUCUAAGUGCAUCUUUAUUGUGAUUUUAGUAUUAUAUUUGUUUGUAUAUUUUAAAGAACUGUUCACAAUUCUUUUUAAGGCAAUUCUAGUUCCCUUUUCUGGAACUAUCUUUGUUUUCAAAUAUGUGUAAAUAACAAUAAUUGUUUAUGAUUGGAGAAUUGGCUAUGUUCAUAAGAGACUGUAUGAUACAUACUACAGGCAAGCUGCUUUAGUAAACAUGUUUGUAUUGUUGUAGAUUUUUGAUUCCACAUAUUCUAUGUUUUCAAUACUUUGAACUAAAUAUCAUUUAAUUUCAAGUUGUAUUUCUUCCAUUGCCGAUUUGUCUUCUGAUCUGGGCAGAUGUCUUUUUAAUUAGGCUUACUAAAUAAAUGUUGCGUCUUAUAAACAGAGCAAUUAAUGAUUAUUUCUAGUUAGCAUAGGAUAAUCGAAACUAAUAGUAAAAUUGUCUUGUUAGUACAUUAUAUCUGCAAAUUAUGUACUCUAUGUCUAUAGUUAUAUUCAAAUACGCGUUUUAAAAAGUUGUCUUUGGUACUUUUUACAACUAAUCUAUUCGACAUGUGGAUUGGCUGUGAACAACUAUAAUUUUAAAAUAGCAAACAUCGGGGAAGAGGGGUUACUAACAAUAGCUACAACCUUAUAAAUUGUUUUGUAUAUAUUAUACAUUGCGUGUCAAAAUUUUCAGAGUUGUGAAUGGUGCCAAGACAUCCUAAAAGUAUAUUUACUUCUCAGUCUUAUACAUUUUUAUUGUACCUCUUCUUCUGCUACGGUAUCUAAGUAUGUACGUAUGCAAAAAUUGUAUUAAACUAUUUGUUUUGUUUGUUGAAUAUGUAAAGAUUUAUUCUACAUUAGGGAGUCUGCUCGUUGACAACAAGCAAAUAUAUUAUUUACUUUAUUGUUUUUAUUUCAUUAUUUAUUGUAUAUACUAUAACUUGCUUUGGUAUUUUAGUACAGUUCUUUCUUUCGAAUACAGCUUUUCCAAGUCAUAUAUGGAACAAUUAUUUCGAGAAAAUAUUCUCCAUAUUUGAUAAUAUCAAAUAUUUCAAAAUAUUAUUUGAAAAUUAAGAUAUUUGACUAGAAAUAAUAAUUAGAGGCAACUUGAGGCCGAAAAUGACGUUUAUAUAUUCCUACAGUCGGAAAAAUGAAAGAUUACCCAUGAACGAUCAUAUCAAUCACUUAUUUUGUAUUUGUUGUCUUUUUCUAUAAAUAACAAACGUUUGUUUUACAGAAAAAGACAGCAAAUGAGCAAAUACAAAAUAAGUGAUUGAUAUCGUUCAUGGGCAAUCUUUCAUAUUUCCGACUGUAGAUUAGCGUUUAUUCUCAUUAAUUUAUAAUAUGCUAUUAUUUUAAUUAAUCUUGUUUGUAAUAUAACGGUAACAAAUAAAAUAACGAUUUGAAUUAGCUGGAUGCUGCAGACUAGUACAGGUACACAAAUAUUUAACAUCAACAGUAAAAUAUUACUUAUUUGGUCAAAAGUUUACAUUUUCACUUGUGACUAGAAUUUUCACAACAUUCAAUAUAGACAAAUUUUUUUAUCUAUACUGAAUAAAUAUCUUAUAUAUUUCCAAUAUUUAGAAAACAUUUUUUUUAAAUGUAUGUUUAGGUGAUUGAACAAAGUACCUACUUAUUUUAUUAAAAACUCAAUUUUAUUUCAUUACAUGAUGGGGCUAAAUGUACAAGAAGAACUGCUUGUAAUAUCAAUUUUUAAAUUUUUUUCUAUUGUAUACAUAUAGAUGUUGCCUCCCUUAUACACUUAUAGGAUUUAUUCUAAAUAUAUCUGAGAAAAAAUGUUGUCUCUUAGGAAAAAAAUACCAAAUAUUUAGGUAAGCAUUUUAUACUAAAAGUCAGUAUUGUCAUUUACAAUAGUAUAAAAAAUUAUAUAUUUGGUACUGAUAUUGCCAAAAAUCUUGUAUAAAUUGAAUAAGGCGCAAAUUAGUCAACAUCCCAUUUUAAGGCACUAUAUCAACCAAAAGGUAGCUAGUUUUGUUUUUAAUAUUCGGGAAUUGACUAAUAUUCAGAAGGGUAUACAGAGAAAUAAGAGGAAAGGAAAUAUUUUAAAAACACUGUAAAGAAUGUACAUAAUUGAUAGCGACAGAUUAGAAAUAUAAGAAUGUUGAAAAGAAGGAAGAUAUUUGGAAAGUUUUGCAAAAAAUUGAAAAUAUUCACGGUUUAUUCAUAUAUUUAAUGGUUUUUUUCUACGAUUUUAUGUUUAUUUUAUGUGUAUUAUUUUAAAAUUAAUUUUUUUAAAUUUAAUUAUUUAAAAAAAAAAUCCAUUUAAACAACAAAAUCUAAGUACAGAAGCAAACACCAUACAUAUAAGAUGGUGUAAAAUAAAAAUAUACUAAACAGCAAAAUUAACGCACCACUUUAAAAAUUGAACAUUUUUGAUGUCUCGAAUUUCCUAAACAUAUUGUCCGACUUAAGUGAUUUUUUUUAGUGUGUUAUAGCUUUAUUCUUCAAGAAUAUCGAUGUUUGCUAAACAGGUAAGUGCCAUUGUAUACCGGAUGUAACAAUGAUGUUUUUUCCUCAAAGUUCAGAACACUGUGUGGAAUAUUCCAGCGUACCUAUAUAAAAUAUUGAAAUUAAAAUUCAACUAUAGCCUUAGGCUUUCUUAACAUUUUGCUUUUUAAUUCAUUCGCUUAUGUUGGAUAAUAAAAAAGUUAGGUACUUUAACAACUAGCAACGUUCUUCAUCAAUACAGGGUGUUUCUAAAUAAGUGCGACAAACUUUAAGGGGUAAUUCUGCAUGAAAAAAUAAUGAUCUUUAUCUUUAUAAACAUAUAUCCGCAAAUACUUUGUUUCCGAGAUACGGGAUGUUGCUUUUUUUGUUACAAACUGACGAUUUAUUUAUUGCUCUAAAACCAGUUGAGAUAUGCAAAUAAAAUUUGGUAGGUUUUAAGAGGUAGUUAUUGCGUAUUUUUGACAUACAAUUAAGAAUUUUAUAUUCACCAUUGGCGUGCAUGCAGGUAACAUUACCCGUAUGCACGCCAAUGGUGAAUAUAAAAUUCCUAACUGUAUGUCAAAAAUGCACAAUUACUACCUCUUAAAACCUACCAAAUUUCAUUUGCAUUUCUCAACCGGUUUUAGAGCAAUAAAUAAAUCGUCAGUUUGUAAGAAAAAAUUCAACAUCGUAUAUCUCGGAAACGAAGCAUUUGCGGACAUAUGUUUAUAAAGCAAACAGUUAUUAUUUUGUGUGCAGAAUUGCCCCUUAAAGUUUGUCACACUUAAUUAGAAACACCCUGUGUUCAUGAAGACCGUUGAUAGUUGUUAAAGUACCUAACUUUUUUAUUAUCCAACAUAAGUAAAUGAAUCAAAAAGCAAAAUGUUAAGAAAGCCUAGGGUUACAGUUGAGUUUUAAUUUCAUCAUUUUAUAUAUGCUAGAAUAUUUCACAGGGUGUUCCAAACUUUGAGGAAAAAACACACUAUCAUUGUUACACCCGGUAUACAGUGACACUUACCUGUUAGCAACAAUGUUAUUGCAUCGAUAUUCUUGAAGAGUAAGGCUAUAACAUACUAAAAAAAUCACUCAAAUCGGACAACAGGUUUAGGAAAUUCGAGACAUCAAAAUGUCCCAUUUUUAAGGUGGUGCGUUAAUUUUGCUGCUCAGUAUAUAAUAUUUAGUUUUUAGUAUUUCUCCUUUUCUGGUAUGGCCUUUUUACAUUUUGAUCUUUUUAAUUAUUUUAAAAAUGUUUUAACUAUAUUAUUUAGUAUCUGUUAUCGUAUCAUUCUAACUAGAAUAAAUAUUUUCAAUUUUCUGUACAUUUGUUUUUAGUGUACCUACAGCAUAUUUUUUUAUUGUAAUUCGACACGUUUUUUCUUACACACAACCAAUCUUUUUGUGUAAAAUAGUGUUUAUAAACUAUAAUCUAGCUACGGUUUUAAAUUAAAUGCCUUUGUAGAUACCUCUCUGGGCAUAUUUCAAAAAUGUGUUCAGAAAUGGUAAGGCAGAGGAGUUUUAAUUCUUUUUGUAUAUUAAUGUAUAUAUGUGUUAAAUAAAUGUUUUAAUUUUAAAUAUUUUUUUGUAAUAUAUAAAUGUAAGACAAAGACUGUGAGCCUAUUAUUAUAAAAUGGUUUUAUUGAUAUUGUAUAUGCCGUAAGAAAAUGGACAAUUGGAAGCACUUUUAUACUUAUGUAUAUGUGGAUAAUCGUAGAAAAUUCAUAGAGAACAUCAUUUUCAACAGGUUAAUAAAUACAAUAUGUAUUUUUUAAUACAUCCAAGUGAUCAAAGCUAGUUUACUCUUUGCUCUUCCCAGUUUACACCUUAUAUAGAGUAGAUUUUAUGUUUGUAUUAUUUUAAACCAUCUCGUUCAUUACAUAUAGACUGCCAUUUACAUAUUGUAAUUUUAUGUAUAUUUCUCAUAUUUCGUAGAGCCUGAGUUACAACUUCUGGUUCUUGCUACCUUAAGUUAUAUCAUCAAAUACAGAAUUUAUUGAUUUUAUAGUAUGUUAUUUAUUCUCAGUAAGAUCUUGUAUAAAAGCUAAGAUGCCACAAGCAUCUUUUAUCUACUUAAGUCCUUUUAGAGGAGAAUUUGAACCGUAUAGUAGGAACGGAAAUUGGCCAGAAUGCGCUAAAAAAGUGGCGGUAUCAAUGUUUGGUAUAAAUAUUUAAGAACUUCGAGUAGCCGCUUUAAGGAUAAGCACAUGCCUGUGUUUUACCAUUAUUUGAAAAUUAUUCGGUUAAAACAUCUAAUUUUUGUUGGUAAAGAAAUAUAUUAAUUUGUCAGGACUAGGUUACGGUUCUCUUGGUAUGCGACAAGACUUUGUAUUCACACAAUGUUGCUAGUCUGAAUUUUGUUAUAUUGGGUUUAAAUUUUUUCUAGCCGAUUUCCGAGCCUUCUAUACAGCUUUUGGCUUCAGGUGUAAUUUUAUUGCUAUUAAAAUAUUCUAUAGCGUAUGACUUUUGAUUAAUGUUGUAAUACCACUGUUCAGUUAGCAAUUGUGGUAUUAAAUCAUUUAGUAUUUCGUACAGUCUUUUCCAAUUCAUUUAGUAUUUGCUCAAUGACUUUUAUUAAUAACACACAUCCCGUUUUAACAUUUAUCGAUAAGUUAUUUAAAGUUUAAAAUAAGAUGUUCUUCCCAAUUAUCCAAUUUCUUAGCGGUAUAAGGAGACAUUUUCGAAAAAUCUUAAGAUAUUGCACAAUUUUUUCGAAAAUUUGUCGGCAUUGUUUUAAAAAAAAAUUACUUGUUUUUAUUGCGAAUGAGUUUAUUUAUACAAAUCAGAUUAUUGUUUUCUUCCAAUUGUGUUGCUUCAAGUUUUACAGUGUACAUUUUUUAGGUUUGGCAUUUUUCAAAUAAUAGUGUGUCCAAUUUUGCUUAUCAUAUUAUAAGGGUUAUAAUUAUUAUAUUUUGACUAUGAAAAAUAAAUGAAAACAUCUGAAA